AUGCACGGCCUUUUACGGGCUGCCGUGUUGCUGGCCCCGGCCUUGGCGACCGGCCUAGCCAUCCAGCCAGAGGAAGUCACACCUUCGGCCUUUAUCCGACUUGACCUCCCUCAUGUUGAGGAUGACACGGCCCGGGAGGAAGCCACACUUCGAUUAGAUGUGCUCAAGGCCGAGGAAUCGUGUGGACACGGGAAUGUUGCGCUCAACGGCCAAUCAUUGGCACAGGACUCGGCCGGUCUUGGCGCCGGCUCCAUCACCACCGACCAGGGCAGUCUGCUCAUCGCCAGCUGGAAGUUUACAUGUGUGGAUGUGGAGGACCAGCAGAAGGAACAAAUGAUGGAGCUCAGCGUUGACUUCAUUGACGGCAAGGAAGUCAAAGAUGUCAGCGUUACCAUUCAGUUCCAACAGAGGAGCCCCAUGUCGAUUUCCUACGUCGACGGCGCCGACUCGGUCAUCACAAGUCCUCAUCAGCAAUAUAUGCCAGACAUGCCAAGCGACGAUGGACACAACCCGGAGCUUGAGGCCCAUAUCGCUGAGUUGGAGGAGAUGAAGCUGCAGCUAGUCGAACUUGAGCAAGCGAUCUUUAUGAAGGUCCAGUUUAUGUCCAAGGCAUUCGGUUUUCAGGAGAAGUCCUCCAAGGUGACUGAGUGCGACAACCUCAAGUGCAUUUUCCUUUCCAUGUACGACAGUGUCAAGGGUGUUGCCACGAAGUUCUACGGACACGGCCUGCUUGAAGAUAGCUUUGGUGGCCCGCCUGGCAGACCUUUCGGAGGUCACGGCAGGGGUAGGCACGGAAAGCCCGGUGGCCACCACGGCUUUCCCUUCCCUCAUCACGGCAACCACACCCAUGGUAACCACACCUUCCCACCGCCGCCACCCCAUGGAAAGCCUCACUUCCCCCCGCCAUUCUGCCACUGUGAGCCUCCGCCUCCACCCCCUCACGGCCCUCACCAUGGUCCUCCCCAUGGUGGCCCCGACCGGCAUCAUGGCCCGCCGCCUCCUCAUCACGGCCCUCCCCAUGGGGGCCCUGAAGGCCACCACGGCGGUCCCCCGCCUCCCGAUCAUGGCCCUGGAAAGAAACCUCAUAACGGAGAGGAGAGGCCUCCAUUUGGACACCACUUUGAUGGCCCGCCGCCACCGCCCCAUGGGGAGCCCGAGGACCUCCCUGGCCGACCCGGCGCAGACGGUCCACCUCCGCCGCCAUUUGAAGCUGGAGAGCCCGGUCAAGAACACCCUCUCCAUGCUCCUGAAGGCGAUCGACCCCCUCCUCCCCAUUUUGAGGGAGACCACCCGCCUUUCCACGGCUUCGGUAGCCACCACCACCCACCACCUCCACCACACGGUCUUGAUUUCCACCAGCUAGCCCAGUCAGCUCCCUUGUUGCGUGUCUUUGCUGUGGUGGUGACACUUGGUCUUUUGGUUGUCGCCCUUCACACUCGAUGCUGCACGUCUCGCCGCAGCGAGCGCCGCCAGUGUCGUGAGCGCCGCGCUGCGAAGCGUGCUGCCAUCAAGGCCAAACUCGCUAGCUUGAUCCAGCGCCUUAAGAACAUGGCAAACCGCAACAGCGAUGACGAGGAGAAGGAAGCGAUCAUGCGCCGCAUCCACGCAGAAGAUAACGAUGACUCAGACGCUGUCUCUACGACUAUGGAGCAGGAUAUUGAGCAGUUCAGAAAUGCAGCCGACGUGGUCAGUGAUAUGGUGGCUGCUGAGGAGGGCCGAGCGAGACAGGAGAUGGCCCAAUACGCGAUGCCAGUACCCCCCAGCCCUCACUCAGCUUUCCCUGACUAUUUGUCGGUAGACGAAGCCCUGCCUGCGUACGAUGAGGGUUCAGACGACUCGAGCUACGUGGCCGAUGGUAUUCGGUAUUCUCCGGGAAAUAGCUCAUACACACCUAGCAUAAGCUCACAGGAGAGCUCGCUUGAUGAGCACUUGGGGCGGAAGAAUUAA